ACUGUGACUCUUUUGGAACAAGCCUACCGUUUUUAUAGGCCAACAAAUUUGUGUCCUGAUGUGGUAGAGUUUGGAACAAUCGUUUUUGGCAAAGGAUGUGAUUUAUGAAUCAUCAAGGAAAUGGAAGUUCAAUUUCAAAAUUCAAUCAUCGAUUGAAAUCGUAUAAAUGAAGAGCAAAACUGGUCGUUGACAUCAUUCGCUUGCUAUAGUCACUUAGUGAAGAACAUCAGCAACUUCAAAAAUGAAGAUCUUCAUCGCCCUUUUCGCCGUUGCUCUGGCCGUUGUCGCCGCUGAGCCAUCGUACGUGACCUCGGUGCUUCCCCAAGCGGUUCCAGUUCCGGUGAGCACCUCGGUGUGGCCACCCUAUGGAGUGUACGGAAAGGGACUGGCUCAGCGUUAUGCACCGGUGGCCAGCUAUCCAGGUUACUCUGCAGGAGUGUACGGCGGUCUGCCAGUCUACGAGAACGCUUGGGGAUACUCGGCACCGGUUGUGGGCGCUUACGGAAACGCCAAGCUCAUCGAUAAUGGACUGUGGAACUACGGUGGAUACGGUUAUGGACACACCAACAAGUACUGGCUGUAAAUUUGAGGAAUAAAUUGCAUGACUACAAAA